AUGCCUUCCACCUCGACCAUAUGCUCAACUGCACUGAUUGCCACAUGCAUCUCAACGUUGGCUGCCCUGAGUAUCGCGCAUGACCUGCCCGGGGGCAGGUUUGGUGGCAAAGGCGGCGGGCUAGGUGGAUUUGGGGUUGGGCCCGGUGGCCAAGCCGACGGGCUCAGUGGCCGAGGAGGAUAUGGGGUUGGGCCCGGUAGCCAAGCAGGCGGGCUUGGAGGUCUAGAGAAUGGUCAGUGCCUAGCAUCUCUGAAUGGUGUCCAAGGGUGCAUCCAAGAGGUCCUGACAUCCGUAUUGACACUUCAGUUCCGAUUGAUCGGGCCGGACUGUUGUCAGGCCAUCCUUAACAUUGAUGAUAAUUGUUGGCCCAAGGUGUUGCCUCUCAGCCCAAUAUUCCCCCUUAAGAACUAUUGCACGCAAAUUGUUCCAGGGUUUGCACAACCAGCCCCACCAACAGCAUAA